UAUGGGUGUGCAAGCUUUGUCGGAAGAAGCAGGAAUACCUGACAAAGACAGGACAAUGGUAUCAUGGUGGGACAAAGACACCCCCUUCUACUCCAGGAGACAAACUCAAGCGAUUGGCCAUGUCAACAGAAUCCCUGUCUGCAGCCCUAUCAUCAGCACCAAGCACUCCUGGGGCAGGAGGACCUCCAAACACACCCUCGACGACUGCGGCAAGAGCCGGAACAAUGACGACAACAACGAGCCCUUCAUCGACGACAACGGUGACAACGACGACCAAGACAGUAUCACCAGCAUCAUCGACAUCAUCGAGCCUGAACCUUAGGGACAGAGAAAGACUGAGUGAUAGCAAAGCGCCUUCCAUACGUGGACAACCGGGUAAAGACGGGACACCUCUAGGUGGAGGCCAGUCCAAGGGUCUGUCAAGAGGGGGUAGCCAACAUGCGCCUUUAACACGCCAGCUUUCAAAGGAUGAUGACUCUGUACCGGGCACCCCUAGACCAGUGCAUAGACCACAUGGUAGAGACAGCUUGAGACAUGUACAUGAUCGGGAUAUACCAGGGAAUAGAGGGUCAAGGCGUGAACCUCUCCACGGCUCUAGCGGGGACUUGCAUCAUAGAGAUCAGGAUAGGCAUCGGGAUAGGGAUAGGUACCCUCGCAGGGACCGACCGGGCGACCGUGAUCGGUCAGUAAGUGGUGAUAGAUAUGGACCCAGACAGGCUGGGGAUCGUGCCAACUAUGCAGGAAGGGGAAAGCUUCCAGGGCCCGAACACGAGCCGGACGGUCGCAAGUACCCCGAACCAGAUCAAUACAGAGAUCGUCGGGAACGUUACCCUGAGAAUGAUCGGUAUCCUCCCAGAUACCAUGAAGGUGAUGGGCCAGGGAGAGGCUUUCCUCCGGAAGAACGAUUCUACUCGGAUGAUCAAGAGAGGGGUAGACAUUAUCACAAGGAGCCUGUGUCCAGGACCGCAAGUGGACGAUCCCUGGACCGUCAAAGACGGAUGUAUGAUGAUCCUCAGCAGGAGUUUCUGCAGGAUGUUUACUCUGACUCUUCUAGUGUUGUAGGUAAACGAGAUUCAAUCAAUAGAAUAGAAGGAAUGGAACCUCCUUCGGGUCCUAGUGAGAUCGAGCCUCAUAUAGAGAGGAGACCUCGUGAUCGCGAUAGGAGAGACCACAUAACUCAUACAGUGCCAUCGAAUGUUCGCGAGAAAGAGCGUAUCCCAAGUGACUUUGGGCCACCACCUGUGCAAUAUGGAAUGCAUCGAUCCUCGAACUAUGGUAAUUCUGCCGGGAAGCGAGGAAACCAUGGGCAUAGACACACAAACGCGGGGGAAGACAUCCCUGACGCGCGAACGCGGGAUUUAUACGGAGUGCGGACUGACGUGACGCCAAAGCAACAUCUAGACCCCAGUUCGGCGGCGGGGAAAGUGAGUGCAAAAGAUUCGCGCAAGACGGACUCCAUGAUACGCAAUGACUCUUUAAGUUCGGACCAAAGCGAGUGUGUGCGCCCGCCACCUCCUAAACCGCACAAAGGGAAAGGGAUGAGGAAGAGACGUGAUUACUCAUUGAGCAGUUCCGAGGAGGAAAUAAGAUCAACGCCAGACUAUACCAGCUGCGAUGAGGGGGAAAUAGAAAGCGGUAGCAUCAGCGAAAGAGGGUCAGGGGAGUUAGACAUCACAUCCAGUCCCGCUACAGCAGGAUCCAAUAACCAUCCAGGGCUUGCGUCGGGUCACGGGGUCAAGUCGUCCCCGACGGGGGCGCCCGCGCCCUCCUCCUCCUCCCAUCACAUCCGACACCACUCUGAGUCGGAGAUAAACCUGGUGUCGUCCCCCAAGAAAAUUGUGCACUUUGGGCGUGGCGAGGCGGGGCACUCGCUGGAGGAGGACGACAGACAGAUCAAAGAUUCGGGGAUCGACACGUGUAGCAGCACCACGCUCAACGAGGAGCAUAACCUAGGGGCAAAGUACCCUGUAAAUUGGCAACCUGACAUGGAGAACAACGUCCUGAUUGGUCAGAUGGUUUUGAGGAAGAACCAAUCAGAGGCUUGCACACAUCAAGACUCCAGCGCCAUACUAGGGUUGAAGGUGAUUGGUGGGAAGAUGAAGGAGGCGGGGCGACUGGGGGCGUUUAUCUCUAAGGUUAAACGAGGUAGCAUAGCGGACACUGUGGGUCAUCUACGGGCAGGUGAUGAAGUUCUCUCAUGGAAUGGUCAUAAUCUUCAAGGGAAAGAUCUCAAUGAAGUUUAUAACAUCAUCUUUGAAUCCAAGAGUGAACCUCAGGUUGAGCUUGUGGUUGCAAGACCAAUGGGAAGUGAGAUUCCUCCUUCUUCCAGGGAUAAGAUAGCCCAGUUCCAGUCUCCGAGACCAGACUCUAUCAUGAAGAGAAGCAGUCAAAGUUCGAGUGGGUAUGAGUCCAACAAGCCAAAGGAAGAAGAAGAGCCGAUGCCGAUUGUUAGUAGGGUCAAGCGGCCCUCGGUGACCAUCACUAGCCCAGGAAGUCCUGGCCUACCAAGAAGGAACACAUCCCCUACUGCCUUGGGUGAAAUUCAGAUCAAACUUUGGUACGAUAGCAAUAAUUACCUGAUCAAUAUGACAGUCUUGACGAUGCAUGGGGCGCAACCAAGAGAUACGGGGGAUCUCCGCAACCCCUAUGUAAAGGUCUUCCUACUACCAGAUAGAAGUGAGGAGACAAAACGACGGACCAAGACCAUUCAGAACACGCUCAGCCCGAAAUGGAACCAAACCUUCACCUUUGGCCCCAUCAAGAGGUCAGAGUUCAGGGGUCGUGACCUGGAGGUCACCGUCUGGGAUUUUGAACAAUACGGUGCUAAAGAAUUCCUGGGACAGAUGAUACUUCCCCUAGAGGGAGCCCCGUUUGACGGCCAGUCCCACUGGUACUCCCUCUACCCUCACGGCAGCUCACGUAACCAGCCUUCCUCGCCACCCCAGCAACCUCCGCCACAACCCAAGAAACAACUCCCGCUCACCACGAACAACAACGGCAACCCUGGCAUGCACGACAUCAUCGGCAAGCGCAUGGCCCAGGAGAACGGCAACAUGCGAGAACAACUCUCCCCCAGCUCAGUGGGUCGGAUCACGGACAGCGAUGUCUCCGACUUUGAUGAUGGACUGACCGGCCUAUCAGUGACACCUCCAACUCAAGAGGACCUGACACCGAACGAAGAACCCAUGCCCAGCAAACAGCGACGCAACUCGCAGAGCACGCUUGCCGUUCCCGAGAGAGUGUCCCGGAGGCCACGAUCCCCGUCCCCCAUCAGGAAAGAGAGAGGGAGAACGAGGCAUUCCGAACCAGCAAUAGAAUAUGGCAGACAACAUCGAGCACAGGACCUGCAGCAGGAGAUGGAGAGGGAUCGCGAUCAAGAUCGAGAUCGGGACCGCGACCAACCUUUGGAUAGAGACCGGGAAAGGGACCGGAAUCACACCAGGGAGAGAGGACGGGAACGUGACCGCGACCGAGAUCUUGACCGCGAACUGGACCGCGAGAGAGAGCGCGAUAUGUACUCCUACAGGGGCACGGAGGUUGAUGAUAUAAGGACUUCCCCAAAUUCGACAUCUUCCCGGGGUCACGAACGUGAGUCCCCUCACCGCUUAGACCGUAGCUCGCCCCCGCGUCGGGAGCGCGAGCACCGCUCAAGGACACUCUCCCCUCCUAACAUGUACGAAUACGAUGAGCCCCGGAGAUCCCGGUCGCCAAGCCGCCGGUCGGUCGAUACCUCGCAGUCGGACUCGUACCAGCGGCGUAGCAGGUCCGAGAACCGAGGGGAGAUGGAGUACGACAGACAGUACAGAGGGCGCCACAUGCUUCCUCCUCCUACGUCGGGUCUAGAUUCCUCCAGUUUACCCAACUCUCCUAUCCACGCGGGACGUAACAGUCCUUCCUCUACCCCUUCAACGCCACGCAAGCAACAGCGAAGGCUACCCCAGAUACCCCCUUCAUCCAAAGCUGAUAAAGGCACUGCCGACAUCGAAGAGCGAGCCAGGCAGAUCAAGCUGAAGAUGAGCCAGUACAAGCAGGCCGCUUCCGCCAACACCCUCUCCCCUCACGGAAGCGGCGGGGGUAUUGGCGGUGGUGGUGGCGGAAGCCUAGAGAGGGGGUCCCACAUGGGGUCGCCGGGCCACGACAUGUCCCUCCCUUUCCAGCAUUCCUCGCACCGACGCAAGCAGAGCCCCGACAACAUCAGCAUCAAGUCCUCCGACAGCAACCUGUCAAGCACCAGCGACGUUUCGGCCGUAACAGCUGCGAGUACGGCGAGUGCCUUCUCAACGCAAUCGGAGCGCCCCCGGCCCACCAGAAAGUUCAGUACACUCUCUCUAAACUCCUCGGGUAGAAAUCGCAGUGCUAAGCAUAUUCACUCUGCGUCACGUAAAAAGCGUAGCUUAUCAGAAAGUCAGGUCAAGCGGUCUCCACGGAGCGGGGAACGAGGGCUCUUUGUUCGGCUGAUGCGGAGGAAACUCGGCAGACACCGAGAGGAGAGGUUGGAGGAUGUUGGCCACCAGGUCAAGGUUCAGAGGUCAGAGCAGGUGUUCCGGGGUGAGAGUGGGCAUGUCCAGGGUGAAAGUGGGCGUGUCCAGAAGGCGGAGCCAAGAAUGGUUGCUAUUCAGAUGCUUUACUACUCCGAUGGCUCGGAUAACGAGGACGAGUACAUCUAGAAUUCAAAGAGCGAAGUAAUCUGCAAAAAUGAACUUUGACCUAGUGCAUCUCAAGAGGAGAAUUGACUCGUACUAUAUCUGAGAAGUUUGUCCAAAAUAUGACCUUAAAACAGGCCUAUAGAAUCAAUCUCUUGUAAAUUAAAAAGGAAAUUUCUUUAGUAGAAGUAUAUUAUGGAUUUAAGUAUAUUCUGCACUAUAAAUAUCAAAUCAAAACAGAAGGUGAUUCAUCAUUUUUUUAAACUGAUGAAAUUGUUUCUUUUUAUUUCUCUGAAUUCACUUUUUAAAAGUUCUAAUAGUCAUUUCCCUAUGAUUUUGUUUUAACACCCAUUAUAUUUAUACACAUAAAACUUAACAUUUUUUGAUUAAUCAUACAAUUAUAGAAUAAGGAAUCAAUGAAAUCAAAAUGUUUGAAUAAGACAACAUUUCAUAAACUUUCAUGUAACAUUCAGUAGUUCUUGUAAUCAGCAGUUUAUGUAAGUUUCAGAACAAUUACCAAAUCAGUUGACAAAGCAUUUAUGUCCCUAAAGCUUUUUUUAAACCAAAUGUCAUUGCUUUAAUGACCUUCCAUCAGGGAUUAUGAACGUGAAUGUCCUCGUAAUUUCUAUUUAAAACAUGGUUACAUGAUUUUUCAGUUACCUUCUACACCGUUGAAAGAAAAGCAUAUUUUUCUGUCCUAAAGCUUUUAUAACCAACUCUCCUUGCUUUACCUUUCAUAAGUACAGAAAUCAAUGAGUCAAAGUUUUCUUUUAUAGUUCAGUGAUGGAUGGACUUCCAAAAUAUAUAAAACACAGACAACAUAAGGAAAUGUCCUUGUAAUAUCUAUUUAAGGAUGGUACUUGAUUUGAAGUUACCUUCUACACCAUUG